UUUAAAGCUGUAAUACAGCUUUAUUGUAAUAUAGAUGCAGUAUCAAUAAUUUCAUAUAUAAAAUGACGACGGUGAUCGAUUUGAAUCGACCCUUUUCUCCCUGUGAGCUCAAACGCAUCAGGGCAAUAGAAUUUGGGCUCUUGGACCCAGAACUAGUAAAACGAAUGUCAGUAUGUGAAAUAACUCUUACUGAGUUAUACCGAGAGGGAAUCCCCCAAACCGGAGGACUUAACGAUCUCCGAAUGGGAACAACUGACCCUCGUCACAUAUGUUUGACCUGUUCUAUGGAUUUAAAAUAUUGUCCAGGCCAUUUUGGACAUAUAGUUUUAGCAAAGCCCAUGUAUCACUACGGAUUUAUGAUGACUGUGUUAAAAAUUCUCCGUUGCGUAUGUUUUAACUGCAGCAAACUGCUACUAAACAAGAAUGACCCAAGAGUCCAGCUUAUCCUGAAGUCCCCUUCAAGUUCUUUCAGGCUAAAUCACCUUUCAGAACUCUGUUCAGCCUCUCGCACCUGCAGAAUUGACACUCAAACUAACACAAAGAUCGAGGGUUGCGGGUACCCACAGCCCAGCUACACCAAGGAGGGGCCUAACCUGAUGAUCCAGUUCUCACAGAAGCAACGUGAGAUUCUUGAGGAGUCAGAUGAGCAGUGUAACGACAUUAAACGUCCCUUGACGCCUGAGGAAGCCUUUAAGGUUUUAAGGGGGAUUACACUUGAGGACAUGAAGUGCCUUGGAUUCGUUCCUGAACGAUCACAACCGUGCUGGCUGAUUCUCCAGGUGCUUCCAGUACCACCUCCUGCAGUUAGACCGUACGUGCAAUAUGGAAGCGAUCGCAGUGAGGACGACCUAACACUCAAAUUGUUGGACGUUUUAAAAACAAACAACUUGAUUAAAAGACACGAUAAGAGAGCCACAGCGCCACACAUCAUACAGGAGAUGUGCCAACUUCUCCAGUUCCACAUUACAACACUAUUUGAUAACGAUAUCCCAGGAAUGCCAAUAGCAUCAACGAGGUCUAAAAAACCAAUAAAAUCAAUUCGAGCACGUUUAAAGGGCAAGGAGGGAAGAUUACGUGGGAAUCUGAUGGGUAAGAGGGUUGACUUCUCUGCACGUACAGUGAUCACUGGUGACCCAAAUAUCCCAAUUGAUACGAUUGGAGUGCCGAAAAGCAUCGCAAUGACCCUUACAUUCUGUGAAACAGUAAACUCACUAAACUACGAAAGCUUGAGGAAGAAGGUCGAAACUGGCCCUCACGACUGGCCAGGAGCAAAGUACAUAAUAAGAGACGACGGAACUAGAUUUGACCUUCGUCAUGUGAAGAAGAGCAGUGAACUACAGCUAGAGUAUGGAUACAAGGUGGAACGUCACAUGCAGGACGGAGAUUACAUACUGUUUAACCGUCAACCCUCUCUCCAUAAGAUGAGUAUUAUGGGUCACAGGGCCAAGAUUUUGCCGUAUUCAACCUUCAGACUUAACUUAAGUGUUACAACUCCUUACAACGCAGACUUUGACGGAGAUGAGAUGAACUUACACCUGGUUCAGACACACGAAACGAGGGCCGAAGUCAAGCAUCUGAUGCUAGUCCCAAAGCAGAUUGUGUCUCCGCAAGGAAACAGACCAGUGAUGGGUAUUGUACAGGACUCACUGUUGGCCGUCUCCAAGUUCACAAAACGAGACACAUUUCUGACUAGGGAUGAGCUAAUGUCGCUCCUAAUUUGGAUCCCAUACUGGGACGGAAAGUUGCCUCAGCCGGCGAUUUUCUUCCCGAAAAAUCUCUGGACGGGUAAGCAGGUGAUUUCAGUGCUCCUAACCUUUAACCAGUCCCAAGGAAUAACGAACAUAAACUUGAUAAGGGAUGGAACAAUAAAGCUGGACAAGGAUAACCUAAACUGCAGUAUUAAUGACUCAAGAGUUAUAAUCAGAAAGAAUGAGCAUAUAAGUGGAAUAAUUUGCAAGAAAACAGUGGGAUGCAGCUCAGGUUCCCUUAUUCAUAUUUUGUGGCAUGAAGCUGGACCUGAGAAGUGCCGCGACUUUCUGACAACACUCCAAAAGGUAGUUAACAACUGGUUCCUGCAAAUAGGGUUUACAGUCUCCUGCAGUGAUAUUUGCUGCUCAGAGUCUACUUUGAACAAGGUGUCCAGGAUCUUGGACAAGAGUAAGAAGGAGGUACAGAAGUUGGUCUUGCAGGCACAAAAGGGGAAGUUGAAGUGCCAGCCAGGAAAGUCUCUGUUUGAAUCAUUUGAGGCAAGAGUGAAUAAAGAAUUAAACGAUGCGCGUGAGCAGUCAGGAAGUAUUGUGGCAUCAUCACUGAACCUCUCAAACAACAUACUGUCAAUGGUAAAUUCAGGCUCAAAAGGAAGCACGAUUAACAUAUCUCAAAUUAUUGCAUGUGUCGGACAGCAGAACGUGGAAGGAAAGAGAAUUCCAUUUGGCUUUAGAGACCGCAGUCUCCCACACUUCAUAAAGCAUGAUUAUGGACCAGAGAGUAGAGGUUUCGUCUCAAAUUCAUAUCUUAGUGGUUUAACUCCCCAGGAGAUGUUCUUUCACGCAAUGGGAGGCCGAGAGGGUAUUAUAGAUACAGCCUGCAAGACUAGUGAGACGGGUUAUGUGCAGAGGAGGCUAAUUAAGGCCAUGGAGGAUGUUAUGGUCCAGUAUGACCGCACUGCAAGGAAUGGAAACGGUGAAAUCCUGCAGUUUCUCUACGGAGAAGACGGAAUGGGAGCCGAAUACAUUGAGGACCAGUUCAUAGACUUGAUGAGACUGGACGACGAAGAGAUCCACCGCAGGUUCAGCCACGACUUCAGGAGUGAGUCAUACGGUCUAGGCUGGAUCAGUGAGGAGAUAAGGAACGCGAUUCUAUCUGACUUUUCACAGCAAGUGAUUCUGGUUGAGGAGUUUCAGAAACUUCUGGACCUAAAGAAGAUGAUUUGCGAGGAGAUUUUCCCGAGUGGAGACUACUCCCAGCACUUGCCAAUCAACAUUAAGCGCAUCUUAGAGUAUGCAACAACUCAGUUCCCAGCCUCUUCAACCAGCAAGCUGAACCCAGUAGAGAUAGCACAGCGUACUAAUAAACUGUUGGAAAGCCUAAUCAUAAUUAAUACGAGUGGACCAAAUGAUAUAUUGUCAGAAGAGGCCCAACAAAACGCUACGAUCUUGAUCAAAGCUCAUUUAAGGUGUCAUUUGAAUAGCAGGUACUUGAUGGAGCAGGUUCAAAUCAGUAGUUUAGCCCUUGACUGGGUAUACGGUGAAGUUGAACGUUGUUUUUUCAAGGCUAUUGCAAACCCUGGAGAAUGUGUAGGCGCAAUUGCAGCCCAAUCAAUAGGUGAGCCAGCAACUCAAAUGACGCUAAACACAUUCCAUUUCGCUGGUGUAUCGAGUAAGAAUGUGACUCUGGGUCUCCCACGUCUUAAGGAGUUGAUUAAUGUGGUAACAAACGUGAGAACGCCAUCACUCACGAUUUACUUAGACCCGUCAAUCAACAAAGAUCAGGAAAGAGCGAAGGAGAUGCAGACGCUUUUGGAGUACACAAACUUCGAGAAGAUAGUGCUGAGUUACACUGUGGUCUACGACCCCGUAGUUGACAGGACGAUAAUAGAGGAAGAUUACGAGUGGGUUCGAGACUACUAUGAGUUCCCAGACGAGGAGAUGGGGACGCUGGGCCAAUUUGUACUGAGAAUCGUACUUAACAGCAAGAUAAUGACAGAUAAGAGGUUGACGAUGAAGGAGGUUGGUGAGAUAAUAUACUCAGAGUUUUCUAAUGGGGAAAUUGACGCGAUAUACACUGAUGAUAACAGUGAGCUUCUGGUGAUGAGAAUUAGGGUUAAGUACGGCGGGGAAGGUGACAACUCAGGACCAUCUGACACUGAGGCCGACUUCUUAAACAAGUUCAUGACCGACGUUCUCUGCGGAAUAAAGCUUAGAGGUGUAAAGGGAAUAACGAAGGUGUACAUGAGAGAGGAGAAUUGUGUGCGUUACAACAGCGCAGUUGGUAGUUUCGACCGCGUCUCGCAGUGGGUACUGGAUACGGAUGGCUGUAACCUGGAAAGUGUCCUCCCAAUAACUUGCGUAGACUACACUAAAACAUUCAGCAAUGAUGUUAGUGAGAUCUUCCAUGUCUUUGGUAUAGAGGCCGCAAGAAGAGCUCUUCUACGUGAAAUCAGAGCAGUCAUUUCGUUUGACGGAGCAUACGUCAACUACCGCCACCUCUCACUCCUCUGCGAUAUCAUGACACAGAAAGGAUACCUGAUGAGUAUUACGAGGCACGGAAUUAACAGAGCAGAUAGGGGUCCCUUAAUAAAGUGUAGUUUUGAAGAGACGCUUGAGACGCUUUUGACUGCCGCAGUUUUCGGUGAAGUCGACCACCUGAAGGGAGUUACAGAAAACGUUAUUGUAGGACAGCUUUCGCCCUACGGCACAGGAGCUUUUGACAUCAUGAUAGAUGAAGUCAAGCUCAGAGACGCUAACCAAACCAAUGCAAUCAACGUGGCAGAUACUCUGGGACUCGUCUCGCCAGACUCAUCACCACUCAGCCCCUCAACGCCAGCCACCAAGCAAACAAUGUCGCCAAUGGCCUUCAGCCCAACAUAUACAUCAUUAAUGAUGUCACCAGUAGGAGGUAUUGGCAUGGGUCCAAGUACUCCUGGACUUAUGGUUGAUACUUAUGCACUUGGCGGAAGUUUCAGUCCAACAAGUCCUACCAGCCCUAUGAGUCCCACUAGUCCCAUGAGUCCCACUAGUCCCAUGAGUCCCAUGAGUCCAACUAGUGCUAUGUCACCAGUAUAUUCACCAGCAUAUUCUCCAACAAGCCCAAUGAGUCCAACUAGUCCAGCCAAUGCAUUAAGUCCAACAUCGCCAGUAUACUCACCAGCCUACUCGCCAACUAGUCCAACUAGCGCCAUGAGUCCCACAUCACCGGUAUAUUCCCCGGCUUAUUCACCAACGAGUCCAAAUCUAGGAUAUGCUCCAACUUCCCCAGUUUACUCGCCUGCGUACUCCCCUACAAGCCCAAACUAUGGGUACUCUCCAACCAGUCCACUAAGUCCUACAUCACCUGCUUACAGUCCCACAGACCCGUUCUCGCCUAACCCUUUCCAAGAUAUUGAUUAAAUAAAUAACACGGAUACGGAUUAUGGAUUAUGGAUUUUAAGUUUAUUCGGAGUAAUUUUAAGUUUAAUUUAAUGAAUUUCAUAUCAAUUUCAUCAAAUUCACAUUAAUCUGAUAAAUUUUCCAUUAACUCAAUAAAAUUUUUAUUAGUCUACUAAACAUAACAUUAGUUUAAUAAAAUUGGCAUUAAUUUGAUCAUUUUAUAUUCAUUGUGUUAAUAUUAGUAUGAUGUGG